AUGAUUCCAUGCACAUGGCCCACCACUUUAUUCUUCUUAAUAUGGCUUUGCAAUGAUGUCGUGUCAAAAAGAAACCACACUUUAAAGCCAAGGGUAGUUUUACCAGAGAAUUAUGUGAAAGAAAUGAGACCACCUUCGCGUAAGGGUCAGCCGGUCAUUGUGGAAUUCAGUAUCUACGUUGUGGAUGUGAACUCGAUCAAUGUGGAAGAUAUGGACUUCAGAGUGGACAUGUUCAUCAGACAGACUUGGAGCGAGAGUAGACUGCAGCUACCUGAUGACAUAUUUGAAGAGGGUGACGAUCACGUCACUCUGCCGCCGGAGUUUUUCGACAACCUUUGGCAUCCCGACCCCUACUUCUUGAACUCGAAGGUCACAGAGAUAGCGGAGUUAACGCACAAAUUCUCCUCGGUCACUCUGUACAGGAAUCGAACAGUGAGAUACGCGGCCAGAAUGCACGCAAUAAUCGCCUGUCAAAUGGAGUUUCAGCUUUACCCUAUGGACAUUCAAUCUUGUCCCAUAUAUAUCGAGAGUUUUUCGUAUAGCAAUCAAAAGGUGCGGUUCAGAUGGAGCGAGGCUGGCGUUACGAUUAAUCCCGAACUUAAACUCCUUCAGUACCACAUUGGUCAGCCGCUGCGACUAGAAGAAACCAACGGGUAUAUGAUCGAUAAAGAUGGAAACUAUUCACGAUUAGUGGUGUACUUUAGAUUCGAACGGCAAAUCGGCCACCACUUGAUACAGACCUUCGCACCGUCUUCGCUCGUGGUUAUGCUGUCCUGGUUCAGCUUUUGGUUGGAUUUAGAUGCGAUACCCGGAAGAGUGACCCUGUUGGUGACUUGCAUGUUAACGCUGGUUACAAUGUUCACUGGAUUAAGGGCAGACAUUCCUCCAGUCGCUUAUGUGAAGGCACUUGAUUUAUGGAUGGCCGGUUGCAUGAUGUUUGUGUUUGCUGCUUUAGGAGAAUUUGUAGUGGUCAAAGUAUUGGACAAACAGUAUCAGAUGAACAAAACAAAGGCUCAAGAGGCAAUACCAAGAAUAAUACCUGUGCGGUUAAACGGUGAGAAGAGUUCCUGCGGUACAGUCGCUGCGUGGGAGGGUGGUGGUGUGCGAUGUCGCAAAGUUGACUUAACAUCCCCCACUUCACCCCCCGGCUCAACCCCCGCAGUGAACACAACCCCCUCAGCGCCGACCGCACAUCUGGUUGGCGUUGAGCGACGUCAGAGCAUAUUACAAGUUGCUUGGCUAGAUGCGGAUACAGGUCAAGAGCGUGUUCUAUGGCGCGAGAUAGAUAAAUUAUCAAGAGUCGUGUUCCCUGCAUUGUUCCUGCUCUUCGUAACAAUGUACUGGCCCGUACUCUUACUGAAAACAAAGGCGGCGUCA